GCACAUCGGUUUGAACCGACCGGAAGCGAACGGGGACGGACAUGAUCGAGAGAAAUGUGUGAAUUGAAGGACUUAGACUGGAUAAGAAGUUGAUGACCACAUUGAAGAAACCGUGUAACUUGAGGGACUGCAUGUCUUCUUCUUCCGAGAGGGGAAAAAAGAAGAAGAGGAGUGCAUGGAUGCAGUGGCAGUGGCAGUGGCAGUGAUUUCUCUGCAAAAUGGAGGGCACGUACUCAUACUUUUCAACGUCGUCGUCAUGAUUUGCAAUCCGAACCAGCAACACGCCACCAAGCUUUCCCGCUAAGCGUGAUCAGCACGCUCACUCACUCUUCUCGUUGCAGAGGUUGGAGUUUUGUCGCUGCACUAUCGAGCUCUCGCUCCGUUUCCGUCGAAUUCGAGAGAGACGAUAAGACAUGGGUUGCCGAUCGCUGAUCUACAGCUUCGUGGCUCGUGGCACUGCGGUGUUGGUAGAGUAUGCCGAGUUCGGUGGGAACUUCACCGGCAUCGCCUCGCAGUGCCUCCAGAACCUCCCUCCCACGAGCAACAAGUUCACUUACACCUGCGACGGCCACACAUUCAACUACCUCGUCGACAACGGCUUCACAUACUGCGUGGUGGCAGUCGAGUCCAUCGGUCGUCAGAUUCCAAUGGCCUUUCUCGAGAGAAUCAAGGACGAGUUUACUAACAGAUAUGGCGGAGGAAAAGCCGCGACCGCAGUGGUGCUUAGCUUGAACAGGGAAUUCGGGCCCAAACUGAAGGAGCAAAUGCAGUACUGCGUGGAUCAUCCGGAAGAGAUCAGCAAACUCGCCAAAGUGAAAGCUCAGGUAUCAGACGUGAAAGGAGUUAUGAUGGAGUAUAUAGAAAAGGUUCUGGAUCGUGGUGAGAAAGUUGAGCUUCUGGUCGACAAGGCAGAGAAUCUUCGAUCUCAGGCGCAAGAUUUCAGGCAGCAGGCGACCCAAAUGAGAAGGAAGAUGUGGCUGCAGAGCAUGAAAGUAAAGCUGAUAGUUUUCGGCAUCAUCGUCGCUCUGAUUCUGAUCAUAGUUCUGUCCAUUUGUGGUGGCUUCAUGUGUGGUGGUAAAUAAUGGAGUGACACUGAUCUGAUAUUCUUUAAAACCUCCAUAAGUUUUAAGUUUUCUUUCUAUACACACAAGUCCUCAUUGCGCUGUAGUAUAAUAUGGAACAAAUUGCUUGUAUAGUUCUGUAUUCUUGGAAGAGUUCUCU